CAUUUUUUUUUUCACGAUACUUGUCGCUCCUAUAGGAGUGGCGGUGCUCGGGAAGAACCUGGCGAAAGUUCAUUACUUCCAGACAGUUUUAAGGUUGUGGUCUCUGGUGCAAGAGUAAGAAGAGCACAAAACUGACAGAGUGAAGAACGACUGGGGAAAGAAAAAGUUAGUGUGGAAUUUAACGCAGAGCUUUGCGAGCAGAGAUGGAUGGCAAUGGUACGGGUCCGAAGAAGAAUGAUCAAAAUCAUGAUAACAAAGCAUCUGGUAAAACGUUCUUAGUCCACAACCGCUCAGGAAAUCACCUACCAGAGUUGGACUCACAGUCUGUGAUAAGAAAGACAGAGAAUGACAGCCAUGUGCCUGCAAAAGACAAAGGGGUGGACAUAAUCAACAUCAAGGGCAUCGAGGACAUUGGAUAUGUCCAGCAGGAUUCCAUCCUGCUGAAUGCCCGGAUCCCGGAGGAAAACACGCAGUGCCGGCAAGGUCUCUACUUCCAAGAUGGUGAGAGGCGGGUGGACUACAUCCUCACCUACCAAAUCAAGAAACCCGGCAGCUCUCGCCGGCACUCAUCCCGCCUGAAAGAUAACGCCCUCACCCGCAGCCUGCGGCGGGGCCGGGGCCCACCGCCACCGCAGGACCCUGAGGCGGCCACGCAGGAGCCCGAUCUGCAGUCCCAUGAGGACGACAAGCGUGUCUGCCGGGAGGAGUUUGAGGGCAAUCUCAUGGAGACGGGCCUGGAACUCGAGAAAGACGAAAAUUCAAAAACUCCUGGGAUGGGCUUUGUGAAGAUACACGCUCCCUGGCAUGUCCUAUGCCGAGAAGCGGAGUUCAUGAAACUCAAGAUGCCCACCAAAAAAGUGUAUGAGGUCAAGCACGGUAGCAGCCUGGUUGAGAAAAUUAACGCAUUCAUCUCCAAGGUGACAGAACCCCUGCACCCAAAAGUGGAAGAGAACAGAAUACACAACGUCAAGCACCUUUCCUACCCAUUCUCACGAGAAAAGCAGCAUCUGUUUGAUUUGUCAGACAGAGAUUCCUUCUUUGACAGUAAAACAAGAAGUUCAAUAGUUUUUGAAGUACUGAAGCGCAUAAAAUGCACCAAAUAUGAAUACAGCAUGGGGAUUACGAGCCUGCUUGCUAAUGGGGUAUAUAUGGAUGCUUAUCCUCUGCAUGAUGGGGACGUUGAUGGCGAAAAUGCUGACCCCAAUGACAGAAAGCUUUUGUAUGAAGAGUGGGCGAGUUACAGUGUUUUUUACAAGUACCAGCCCAUUGGCCUGAUCAGGAAGUACUUUGGAGAGAAGAUUGGCCUUUACUUCGCAUGGUUGGGUGUAUAUACCCAGAUGCUAAUCCCUGCCUCCGUGGUUGGGGUCAUUGUCUUCCUAUACGGCUGUGUCACGGUGAAUGAUGACAUUCCCAGCAUGGAGAUCUGUGACAAGAGGAACAACAUCACCAUGUGUCCGCUCUGUGACCGCGCCUGCAGCUACUGGAACCUCUUCAUGGCCUGCGGCACGGCCAGAGCCAGCCACCUCUUCGACAACCCUGCCACAGUCUUCUUCUCUGUCUUCAUGGCCUUGUGGGCUGCCAUGUUUAUGGAGCACUGGAAGAGGAGACAGAUGCGACUGAACUACAUAUGGGAUCUGACAGGCUUUGAAGACGAAGAGGAAGCUUUAAAGGAUCAUCCGCGAGCUGAGUAUGAGUUUCGAGUCAUGCAGAAGUCGCUAAAGAAGGAUCAGAAUGCACAGAAGUCGGAAAAAGAAAAAUUGACUUGUAAAGACAGACUUCCAGCCUACAUGACCAACGUUGUCAUGAUGCUGUUCAUGAUUGGCGUGACCUUUGCCAUCGUGUUUGGGGUGAUCGUGUACAGGAUAUCCACCACAUCGGCCCUGCACAUGAGUUCUGACCCCACCACCCGCUCCAACGUGAAGGUGACAGUCAAGACUACAGCUGCAAUUAUUAACCUGGUGAUUAUCAUCAUCCUGGAUGAAGUGUACGGGGCUGUGGCCCGUUGGCUCACCAUACUCGAGGUACCAAAGACCGACAAGAGUUUUGAGGAGAGACUGAUCUUCAAAACAUUCAUCCUAAAGUUUGUGAAUGCGUUCACUCCCAUUAUUUACAUCGCCUUCUUCAGAGGGAGGCUUGUUGGUCGCCCUGGAAAUUACCUGUAUGUCUUUAAAUCUUAUCGGAUGGAGGAGUGUACCCAUGGUGGCUGUCUGAUGGAGCUCUGCAUCCAGCUCAGCAUCACCAUGCUCGGCAAGCAGCUCAUCCAGAACAAUCUGUUUGAGAUCGGAAUACCCAAACUCAAAAAGCUGAUAAGGUACAUCAAGAUGAAGAAGGGCGCCUUUCAGGAAGAGGAGCAGCGAGAGAAGAAACUGCAGCGCUAUGAGACGGACCACUUCCUGGAGCCCUUUGCUGGUCUCACCCCUGAGUACAUGGAAAUGAUCAUCCAGUUUGGCUUUGUCACUCUGUUUGUGGCGUCCUUCCCACUGGCUCCGCUCUUCGCCCUGCUUAACAACAUCAUCGAGAUCCGUCUCGAUGCCAAGAAGUUUGUGGCAGAGCUAAGAAGACCUAUAGCUGCGAGAGCAAAAGACAUUGGUAUCUGGUAUAAUAUCCUAAGUGGGAUUGGCAAAGUGGCUGUUAUUGUGAAUGCAUUCGUGAUAUCAUUCACAUCCGACUUCAUUCCCCGCCUGGUCUACCAGUACAUGUACAGCCCAGACGGCUCCAUGCACGGCUUUGUUAACCACACCCUUUCCUACUUCAACGUCAGUGACUUCGAAGUGGGCAAGGACCCUCUGGAGCCUAUGCACUUGGGGUACAGGGUGGAGAUCUGCAGGUAUAAAGACUACAGGGAACCCCACUGGUCGCAGACUCCCUAUGAAAUUUCUAAGGAGUUCUGGGCAGUGCUAGCAGCCAGAUUGGCAUUUGUUAUAGUUUUCCAGAACGUGGUCAUGCUGAUGAGUGACGUGGUGGACUGGCUGAUUCCAGACAUCCCCAAGGACAUCAGUGUGCAAAUCCACAAGGAGAAGAUCCUUAUGGUGGAGCUCUUCAUGAAGGAAGAGAAGGGCAAGAUGCAGAAUUCAGAUAGCAUGGCUAUGCGGGCCGACAAAGACAACUGCAACAACCACAGCUCAGUGCCCCGCUCAGAGUCCACCCCGAAUUCACACGGAAGUGUCUACUAGCAUCCAUCCACACGUCUUUGUAUCCGUAUGUCUUUCACUAGCCCAUCGGUGUCCUUUAAUGUAGACUGGACAUUCCACAGCGGGAGUGUUAUCCCCAAGGAAGAGGUUGGAGCAGAACCUGUAGCUAUCACAAAACACCGUGCAUUUCUUAAGUACUUGCUCUGCAGAGCACGACAGAUGCUGUAAGCGCAUUUUAAACAGUUUGUGAAUGUGUGCAUUUAUUUGUAUUCUUUAUAAAAUGUCCAAUAGAGAGAAAAAUAUUUUAUUACUAAACUCUUUUUUUUUUUUCUUUUUCUGUUCUGCUGUUUGUGCCUCUUUUUCUGUUAUGUAUGUUAUGCUUUUUCAAGCUAUCCUUACAAUAAAACAAGCUAAUUUGUUUUA